AUGCAUAAUCUCUGGUCUCUUCCAGAAGACAUCUCAGAAAUCAUAAUUGGUUUCUUGCCAGUGCAAUUUCUACAUUUCCUCUUGGAUGAGUUAUCCAAUUGUCCAGAUUUCCGAUCCCACCCAUUGCUAGACCCCGUAGUCAGAGGCAUUUGUCGAAACCGGUUCAUACUCUCUGAACUGGAUGAAUCUAUUGGAGAGGUUCUCAAAUUGGCCAAUCUUCACCCGGCCACCACAUGUCCAAUUGGUGUUGACUUCAAGUUUGACUCAUAUAACGAGAGUGAAACGGAGAAUUUCUUGCUACUCUUAAAAGAUCCUUAUUUGCACCCAUUGAGAGACGUCCAUGUACUGGUGGAAAAAGACAACUUCUUCCAGGACGGAAUAUAUCGUUUCUGUCUGUCCACAGAUAUUCUUGCUCCGUGCAUGUCUGAGUUGUCACUUAACUUCUCGUCUAGUACAUACAAGAACUUCAUCGACCAUAUUUUCCUGGCCAUGCCCACCUUCUCCAAGCUUAAGAAACUUCUGCUUACGUACUCAGAUUCUUGUCAGGAAUACAUUCAGAUAAAGAUCCCUGACUCCGUGGAGCAUUUGCAUAUCGAUUCAAAUCUGGUGUUUCCUGUUUGCUGGCCCAAAUCCAUGAACUCUCUAACAUACUUCCAAAAUGACAAAUGCUUAGACUUAUCCAGAUGUUGGAACUUGGAAUCUCUCGAAUUAUACCAGGACAAUCCAGACUUCUCAUGUGUACUUCCACCAACACUUCAGCAUUUGUCAUUAUCCAACACAACCUCAGAGUCGUUGGAGAACAUAGAUCUUUCCACCUUACCUUAUCUCCAGUCGUUGAGAUUGGCUCUGCUGCCUCACCUCCAUACUAUUGCUAAAGUGAAGUUUCCUGUCACUUUAAAGUCUUUAGAGGUGGAGGACUGUCCAAUUGGCCACCUGGAAUCUAAUUUGAAAGCCUUUGGUCUGAUUUUGAACUUGUCACUCAAAGCCACUCAUUUAAGUCCAGAAAUUUUGGAACUAGUAUGCUUUACUGAGUUGGAAAAGCUCACAUUAGCUGACUCUCGGUUGAAAGCCCUUCCUGAUUUGUCCCAUUUAUCUAAUCUUCAAGAGCUUAUCGUUUUGGAUAGUUCGAUGACUACAUUAUUAGGUUCAUGUCUUCCUGGAAAUCUUGAAAAGCUCAAUGUCACUUCCAGGAACACUUUCACGGUCUUGAACCUCCCUUCAUUGCAUUACUUGACGUUGCAGAACGUUUGCUUGGACCAUAUUCAGUUUCCCUCAUCUCUUGAGGAACUUACCCUAUCACAUACCAGCAUUUCUAAAGAAAAUUUUUCAUCUCAGAGGACUUCAUUCCAGAAUUUUCAAUUUCCUCAGUCUUUGAGACUUUUGAGUAUAACUCGCUCUCCAUGGAUUGUCAACGGACUUGAUUUACCUUCUUUACUUACGGAUUUGAGUCUUAGAGGAAAUUCAUUGCAUUCACUUAAGGAAAUUCACAUUCCUCACAUCAAGAAACUCGAUGUUUCGGAGAAUGAUUUGGCAGCUAUAAACUGUAAUCAUUUGCCUCCAACUUUAAGGGACUUGCGAAUUUCUAAAGAAAUGAUAUUUGAACAUUCUAGUGACCCUAAAACGUCCUUAGGUACAUUUGGUCUUCUAUGUGAGAACACUAACGCAUUUCCAGAAAGUUUGAAUAUGAUGGAUGCUGGAGGAAAAGACUUACGUGUGCUCUAUUCAGACAUCUCGCAUAGGGAAGUGUUUGUAUGUAGAUGA